AUGUCUACCCACAAACUCCAACCGACCCGCCCACCCACGAACUCUGGGGAAACUCCAAACGUCAUCACACCAGCGAUCAAUUCUUAUACCCCAACUGGCCUGUGGCAGCACCCUCACGACACGACACCGGGUGCACCCUCCUACACACUCCACGACGCCGACCUGCGGCCACUCCCGAACGAACUUUCUGACAACUCCCACAGCUCGCCCCGACACUCCCCCGGCCGCGCACUCAAGCUGCAUUCCCAGCAGUUCACACAAAGGAGAAAACAAACUUUGUGCGGAGCGCGGCGAGCUACGCCCACCUCCCGCGGGGCGGGCUGUCGGCGGCCAGGGGCUUCGUCCCGCCCACCGCUCCCGGAGGGGGCGGGGCCGGGAGGGCACCUUCUUCCUGCGCCCACCCCCACCCUCAGGAAUGCCACAUGGCCUCUGAGGAGGAGUGGUGGGAACCCUGCCUCCGGAGAGUCCGCUUGGGGGCAGGAAGUGGCCCGUUCCUCCUUUCGUAGAGCGUUUCCGGAGCGCCUACUGUGUGCUCGGCGCUGGGAGUGCGGGCCGUUACGGAGGGGAGAAGUCGUGCAAAACCUGACGCGUAUGGGAACGCUCCCUCCGCCACAUCUCCCGCCGGCGGUGGAAUUGUUCCCAUUGCACCGAGAGGAAACUGAGGCCCGGUUAGUCCGGGGAUUUCCUCCUAGCUGCAGUGUUCAUUCUGGUGGAAGACUCCAAACAACUACAUGCCCUUCACCAGGAGCUGACUGCUUCACAGCAACUCUGGAAUGUUGUAAUGGGGUAAGUCUGUGCACACUAACCUAGGGGAUGGCCAAGGUGUAUGUGUUAUGACAGUUUGCAGUAUCCCAGCAAGAAGGGACUUUGGAUAUACUUGGUAACUUUUAUGGGAAAGCCUUUAAU